AGCCUGGCCGAGAUCAUCAGUCGGUGCUAGGACCGCCACCAGUGAGCAACAACGAUUGCGGCGCCGCGCGAGAUUUUUCACGAACAAAGAUCGAGAUCGAGGAUUUGCGUCGGAAGAAAAGCCGGACGUGCAAUACGGAGGUGUAUACGGAUACGCAUCAGCUUGCGAUCUAGAUUUUCAGUUUGCGACGUUGUUCGACGACGGUAUAAACAGGCCCUGAAGUGUGCUGAUUGUGUUUAGUGGAUCACAAGAAUCUUUGUUAGCCGUUUGGGAUCAUCGGGGGAAAAAGUUGUGUGAUUUGUGGUAAUUUUCCCUGAGAGGACAACAAACAGUUAAUCAGAUCAGAGCGUGCGGAGGAGGACACCCAGAAUUAGGUGGAAAUUCCCGAGCGGCACCGAUCAAACGAUUAUCUAAUCAGAGUAGUGGUCAGGGUUUGGGCACCACCCCGAGGAAGAGGGCCGUCCCAUAUGUCCAACCUCGAGAAACGUGAGAGAAGUGAUUUUUUCGGUGAAAUGUUGUCAUCGUAAUUCUUCACAUGCUUGUUUGGACAGUUGGACGCGCGCACACGCCGCCGCCAAGACUUCGCCAACGGCAACGAAGUUGUUCAGGAAACCGGGAGCAGUCGGACGGGGAUAGUAGAAAGUAAAAGUGAAAAAUUUAUGUACUAUAUUUGCGCCGGGCCCGCGUUGCGCCACGGUUUGCCUUCCAGACGAGGACUGCGAGGUUCGGUGUGUUCCGAGGGGUUUGAGGGUGUGUGACAGUUUUACGACAGGAAAGAAAAGCCGGCAAUUUGUUGUCGCGUUGUUGAGCCGCCCUCUUCACGGUACUCCUCCACGCCUGUUGCCAGUUACCGAACGUUUUCUGGUAAUUUACACGGAAUACUAAUUGUACGCCGAACGAGAGCAAGACGCCCGACGACAGCAGCCGUUUUAUAACAUCAGGGUCGCUGCCAUUCGAGUCAAGAUGGUUCAGGAAAUGCCAAGCAGCAGCGUCCCAGAGGAGCUCUACAAUCUCACCCAGCUGGCGGAGGUAUCGAUAGCAGCCGGAAAAUUGAGCACUUCCCUCAACGUUUCACCAGGGGAGCAGUACCACCAUCACCACCACCACCAUCUACAACAUUAUCACCACCAGGAGCAGUAUGGCGCGGUCAAGUACUACACCUUACCGCAUGAAUCAGCUGCUUAUCACCCUGCCGAGUACUAUCAGUGCGUACUUUCUUAUCACAACCAGUUGGGUGACGAUAACGAUGACGGUCGCAAAAGCUAUCCCAACGAUUCGUCAUCGCUGUCACCUACAGAUCACAAGAAAGAACGCCCGCCAACGACACAGUCAUGCUCGGCGACAAAGAAGAAGUGGAAAACGAACUGGGAGAUCAAUCGAAAUCUGAAAUUGCAACAAGCACAACGGAUCAGCAAGACAAGGGACGCCGAUGGACGUGCCGAUUGUGAUGAUUCGUACGAAUCAGGCAGUCUUACGUACUACACCUCAACGAUAAGGCCGGCGGAGCGUGGCAUUGAGGCCAGUCCACCUCGAUCGGGUAGUAGCAGUCGUGCUCUGACCGAGGAGGAACAUCUACUGGAUAGGAGGAGCUCGUACGCUUCGGAAGAGUCCGAGGACUCGAGCUAUUCGUACUCGCAUAAGGUGUUCGAUCGGAAAAAGUCGCGGACGUUGUCGUGGAACAGUGGCAGUAGCUAUAGCUACGGUGAAGAAUCCGGUCAGCGACAUGGCGCAGAGCCACUGGAUUACGGGAUCUACGAUCGUGACUAUCGGGAACUGAGGGAAGCCGAAGGACGCACCACGGCUAGCAGUGGCGAUGAGGUUGGAUCAACGGACGACGUCCACUGUUGUCCGGAAUGCGGAAAGAAGUAUUCGACGUCUUCGAAUCUGGCCCGACAUCGGCAAACGCAUCGAUCGCUGCAAGACAAGAAGGCUCGUCGAUGUCCGCACUGUUCCAAGGUUUACGUCUCGAUGCCGGCCUAUUCGAUGCACGUCCGUACACACAACCAGGGUUGCCAAUGUCCCACUUGUGGCAAAUGUUUCUCCCGGCCGUGGCUGCUGCAAGGGCACAUCCGAACGCACACAGGUGAAAAACCUUUCAAAUGCAGUGUCUGCCAGAAGGCCUUCGCCGACAAAUCGAAUCUCCGGGCACACGUCCAAACCCACUCGAAUACGAAACCGCACUCGUGCUCCCGCUGCGGUAAGGCCUUCGCCCUCAAGUCCUACCUGUACAAACACGAAGAUUCGUCCUGCAUGAAGAACAAACCUGGUAAGCACCCUUCCAGCAAGCAAGGUCACACCAAAGUGCGCAGGAAAGUGGAGAAGUCCAGUGGGUACGAAGGCGGAUACCCAACCGGCUACGGAAAGUUCCAUCCAUCCCCGCAGCAGAUCAUCAGCCCCUUGGAUUUGGCCCGGCAGACAGAACAGCAGGUGAAGAAGGAAGCUGUGCGGGCCAAGAUAAGGGAAGUGUUGGAGGACAACUGCAAAAAGUCGGCCCAGCUGAAAGCGGCCAUGGACAAUCGAAUCAGCGUCAUUCGAACGACGGCCAGCAGUAACCACGAAGCGGGAUAUUACCUGGCUCAUCGACGAGAAUCUCCAGCGAUGGAUACUCGUGAAACUGGCCAGACGAAUUUGGAGCGUGAUCGAAGUGAUAGCAGUAACAGCAGUAGAAGUAGCAGUAGCACCUGCUAUGAAUAUCCAAAAAACUACGCAAUCAGUGCGUAACAAUUUUGUAGGGUAGUUUUUAGAAUAAAUCUUUCAAGUGGGCAGAGAUUUACAACUUUUGUAUUUCUGUUACUGCCCCAUGUAUACAUAACAGAAAUGGUAGCAAGAAGCUGUCUAUGUCUAGGCAGUAUUGGCAGACUGGACACUGCACUUCAAACAUCAAAAUGCUCUGCUGGGCGCUACUUCAUUUUGCAUAAAGCCAUUUGGCAUUUGUUCCUUGUUUUAAAAUCGGUGGUUCUUAGUAUUAUUCCUUACGGCAUUAUGUCAAUUGGAUAUUAUGUCAGAUUGCGUUAUGCCAAUUGGCACUAUGUCAACCGGCGUUAUGCCAAAUGGAGUAGAACCGAUCUGCGGCGAACUAUGUGCAUCAACAUUUUUUUCACUACACGCUAAGAAAAAGUUACUCUAAACUAAGCAAGAUUCACACAAAUCUGAUCUAAACUGGAAUAGCAAAAAAAUGAGUGAACUGCAUAUUCAGCGCUAGCGCUGGGCUAAGUGCUAAAUCCAGUCAAUUUGAGCCGUAAAAUAUUCUUAGCAUUGUCUAGGAUUAUGCGUGCAGAAAAAUUUGCACACUUAGCAAAGCGUGUACUGAAGGCUUUAGCCUGAUGAGAUUUUUACAUUAAGGCCAGCGCUAGCUUUGCACUUUAGCUCAAAAAUGAGUGAAUUCUGUCACCGCGAAGCAUUUUCUCAUAAGUUUUGAUGAUAGUAUUGCUCUUGUGUCGAAAACUCGUGCCUCCAGAAAAUUGUACAUCAAAUCCGCUCUACUCGUACAUCCGUCUAGGAUUUUUGAAGUAAUAGCAUUUAGCAAUUUGUAGAUUGUAAGAAUUGGUAUAGCAAAGUGCCAUUACGUGUAAGCUCGUGUGCCAGUAUACCGAAUGCGUAGGUUUUCCUUCGUCUUGACGGCAGUGUAAAUAAUCUUGAAAGGUAUGGUGCCAACCUCCAAAGAUGCAAUAAUUACAGCUAAACCAAAGAUACAAUACUCUCAAACGAAAAGCAUUUCGGAAACGAUUAUCCUUUAUUUAUAGUUUUUUGUACAAAUUGCAACGUUUCAGUGCUUUUUGUUUCACCACUAUCCGCGUAGUUUAAUUUUAAGUUAUUCGCUCUCAAGUUUUUAGUUUUAGCUUUUGUUCAUCAAAAAGGACGAGAACGUUCUAGUCUUGCAUUUAUUUUUCAUUCGUGUUAUUUAAGUUUGUCACCUAAGUUAGUUUUACUGUUGUAUUUCAUUGUAUAUGUCCCGUAUCGAAAGCGACCAAAUGAGUUAUUCUAAUCAUUUAAUUUCUGUUAUUUAGGUUCUUUUAUGUUCUAAGCAUUUUUCCUCUUCAAUAACAAUUCACGAGUAACAACAAUAACAACACCUUUCUAGUGGAAGAACUGUAAGCUGAUAUUCAUGGUGCCAACGAUAGCAAUAGCCAUAGUGCUUGUAGUAUUUAUAGACAUUUCUAAGAUGCCUUACCACGCUGAGGUAAUGGCCGGAAACUGUGCAAUAACACUGAAGGAGAUUCAAGUCUCAAAAUGAUAUAAUUUAGUAGGUUACUUGGAGAUAUACUCAUACGCUGUACAAUAAAGAGAUGAAAUUAGUGUUAAAAAUUGUAGAUUAGAAAAAGAAGACUUUUAAAAAUAAAGAUUUUUGUAACAAA